AUGGCUAGCUUGCAAAGGGAAAAAGAGACGCUCAAGUCAAUUAUCCGGAACUCACCUCAUCGCUACAUUUGUCCCCCAUGCUUUAAAUUAUUUCCUCGAGAGGACCUUCUAAAUCGCCACAUCUCCGAGCAGAGGGAUGAUACGCAUGCAUGGCUGCGCAAGGGAGACUUGAAGGAACGAACCGACGCGGAAGAAUUUCUCGUCUAUUACCGACAGUCAGUCAAUACAUCAGUGGCCGCCGCAGACAUCCCCCCAGCCCCAGACUGUUUUAGUGUUAACUUUGUGGUCGAACAUUACCAUUCCUUCCCGCACGCAAGGGCUAGCCUGCAAAGGAGGGUAGAGACUCUGAAGAAAAUUAUCCAAGUCUCGUACAUUGAUUUUGUCUGCCCCAUAUGCCUCGAAGGCUUUCCUCGACCCGCCGUUUUAUACGACCACUUCCGGAAGCAGGGAGAAGAUACUCAUGCACGGCCGGCGGAGAUAACUGCAAAGGAACAAUGGGAGAUGGAAAUGCAUGCAGGGCUGGCGAAAAGAACGUCGAGGAAGCAAUGGGAUAUGGAAGAUUUUCUUACCUGCUACCGCCAAUAUAUCCCUCCAAACUCGCACUGUUUUGAGGUUAACUUUGUGGUCGAGCACUACGCAGAGAACACUGGAAGUCAACAUUGA